AGCCGCGCGCCGGCCACCCGCGCGCCUGCCGCCCGUUGCCCUGGUAACCGUCGUGCCGCGUCUUCCUGAGGGAGCUUCUGUCAGCCCACUGAUCCCACCACCCGCUCCCUACUGCCCCGCGGUCUUCGCGUGAGCUCGGAGACUGAGGGACAACAAAAAUGGCGGAGGGGAGCCAGUCGGCGCCUGAGGCAGGCAAUGAUAUGGGAAAUGAUGAUGCCAUUGGAGGGAAUGUGAGCAAAUAUAUAGUGCUUCCAACUGGCUAUUGUGGACUGCCCAAGAAAGGACAUCUUAUCUUUGAUGCUUGCUUUGAAAGUGGUAACCUGGGCCGGGUGGACCAGGUCUCUGAGUUUGAGUAUGAUCUGUUCAUUAGGCCGGACACUUGUAAUCCACGCUUCCGAGUCUGGUUCAACUUUACUGUUGAAAAUGUGAAAGAAUCACAGGUGAGGGAAAUAGUGGAUACCUUCAGAGUGGUUUUGAGGGUCAUUUUCAACAUUGUUAACUUCAGUAAAACCAAGAGUCUCUAUAGAGAUGGGAUGGCCCCUAUGGUGAAAUCUACCAGCAGACCAAAAUGGCAAAGACUGCCACCCAAAAAUGUUUACUACUACCGCUGCCCGGACCAUAGGAAGAACUAUGUGAUGUCCUUUGCCUUUUGUUUUGACCGAGAAGAAGAUAUUUACCAGUUUGCUUACUGCUACCCAUAUACAUACACUCGCUUCCAACAUUACCUUGACAGCCUGCAAAAGAGAAACAUGGAUUACUUCUUUCGGGAGCAACUGGGCCAGAGUGUGCAACAACGAAAGCUUGACCUCCUGACGAUAACCAGCCCUGAGAAUCUCCGGGAAGGGGCAGAGCAGAAGGUGGUAUUCAUCACAGGACGAGUCCACCCAGGGGAAACACCCUCCUCAUUUGUGUGCCAAGGGAUCAUUGACUUCCUUGUAAGCCAGCACCCUAUUGCCCGUGUCCUCCGGGAAUACCUGGUCUUCAAGAUCGCACCAAUGCUCAAUCCCGAUGGAGUCUACCUGGGCAAUUACAGGUGUUCUCUGAUGGGGUUUGAUCUGAAUCGUCACUGGCUGGAUCCCUCUCCAUGGGUCCACCCUACCCUGCAUGGAGUGAAACAACUCAUCGUCCAGAUGUACAACGACCCAAAAACAAGCCUGGAGUUUUAUAUUGACAUCCACGCCCACUCCACCAUGAUGAAUGGCUUCAUGUAUGGCAACAUCUUUGAGGAUGAGGAACGGUUCCAGAGGCAGGCCAUUUUUCCCAAGCUCCUCUGCCAGAAUGCUGAAGACUUCUCCUAUUCCAGCACAUCCUUUAACCGGGACGCUGUGAAAGCAGGAACUGGCCGUCGCUUCCUCGGUGGACUCCUGGACCACACUUCCUAUUGCUACACCCUAGAGGUCUCCUUCUACAGCUACAUCAUCAGUGGCACCACGGCUGCUGUGCCCUACACUGAAGAAGCCUAUAUGAAGCUGGGGCGGAACGUGGCAAGAACCUUUUUGGACUAUUAUCGGCUGAACCCCAUGGUUGAAAAGGUGGCAAUUCCCAUGCCGAGACUGCGGAAAGAAAAAUCCCCUCCUUACAAGCACCCACUCCUGCGGGGCCCAGCCGGCAACUACCCCAACGGCAAAGGGGACAAGAAGAGCUCAGUGAACCACAAAGACCCUUCAACCCCUUUUUAAAGACACGGAGUCCUGGGAGGUCUUAUGGGGACAGGAGCAUUCAUUUUCUGCUGGGGAAUGAAAUUAAGCGCUCUUCUCUAGCUUCCAAGGAUUUGUGGAUUAAUGCAUAGGCUAGUGAAAGGGAAGGGAUACCAUGAGAAACUUCAUCAUUGAUUUUCCCUUUUUCCAAUGGAAAAUCAAUUGUAAGCCUUCAGCUCAAAAAGCUCAGGAACAAAAUAGGAGACUGGAACCAGGUGAGCACAGAUGCUAUUUUCUACAACACAGAGAUCUUCCAAGAUGAGGAAAACCUACACAUCCCUUUUAAGAGAUUUGACACAUAUCAGGUCAGUUCUUUCAAAGCCACUUUACAUUUUUAAGUUUUACAGUUACUGCAGAUGGUUACCUUUUAAAUAGGCUUGGUUGUUUACAGCUUUAGAAAUGCAGUGUUUGUAUUUUCUGAUCCAAAACAACAGCAACAACACAUGCAACCCAAGGGCAAAUGCAUCCUAGGGAACAAUGGGACAGAAUUUUUGAAAUCACGGUGGACUUAAAUAUAUGGUCACUGUGUCUAAGCUGCAUGCUUCCUGAUUCCCUCAAACCCCAGCAAGCAGAUUUAGAAAACUGUUCUGAGAGCUGUUUCCCAAUUUCCUGGGUAGUUUAAUUAAAAUUUUUGCUCUAAAGACAAAAAGCACUGGUCACUCAUUUUAAGAGGUUUAUUAUGGUUAAGGUCUCCAGAUCCCAGGUGACAGGGAUUAAGCCUGGUCCCUGAAGAUGUGGGCAUUGCUAAUCUGCAAUGAGGAAAGGGUGAUUGCCAGGCAAGGAAGAUGCAAAAGACAGAAGGAUGCACCCUGAGGCAGGGAGGAAUGAUAAAAUAAAACAGUAGUAGCAAUUCCCAAGGUGUGGCAAGCUAAAUAUUGUGCAUUUUUGUGAAGAGUAAAGUGCCUUUGUAUGAUGAAUGGGUCCAGGGGAGUCUGCUGCCUUCCUGUCUGUGGAAACAGCAGGCUGAGUCACCAUUGACAGACUGCUAAUUAAAAUGACCUCCUGGAAAUGAGGAUUAGAAGACAGGGAGAGGCAGGGAGGCUCCAGGGAGGAAAAGCCCUUAGCACAGAGCUCCACUAAAGCAUUUUUUUGUUUGUUUGUUUGUUUGGGUUGGAGAUUAUUGAAGUUUGCUACAAAAAUCAAAAGAAAAACUUGUUCUCCUUUGCAUGCUAGUUUUCAGAAAUGAUAACAAAGAGCCAUAUGUUGAUUGGCUACAAAUGUCAUGUUGUAUAUACAGCUUCUCCCCUGGGUUCGUUUUGCCCAGAGGAACACAAAUAAAGUGUUGUGUGCA